AUGGAAGCAGGAGCGCCGACUGUGCGGUGGCAGACGCUGGAGUGGCCGGCUGGUCCGAAGUUCCCGCCAGCCUACAAGCCGCACGGGGUGAAGCUCAUCUACGACGGCGAGCCGGUCGACCUCACCCCCGACCAGGAGGAGGUGGCCUCCUUCUACGCCAGCCUUCUCGACACGGUCAAUGUUCACAACGAGGUCUUCAACAAGAACUUCUUCAGAGACUUCCCGCGAGACGCGAUGCCAGGCCCGCGCCGACCCGAGGAACGGGAGGCGCUCAAGGCCGAGCGCGAGAGCGAGCGGCAGCGCCACGGCGUGGCCCUGGUCGAUGGCGAGCCGGCGCCGGUGGCCAACUGGCAGAUCGAGCCGCCGGGCCUGUUCCGCGGCCGCGGGCAGCACCCGCAGGCCGGGCGGCUCAAGCCCCGCGUCAUGCCCGAAUCGAUCACGCUCAACCUGGGCCGAGGCGUCGACCCGCCGCAGCCCGGCGGCGGCGACGGGGCCAUGGCGGGCCGCGAGUGGGGUGCGGUGGUGCACGACCAGAGCGUGACGUGGCUGGCCCGGUGGCGCGACCACGUCACAGGCCUCGACAAGUUCAUCUUCAUGUCGCCCACGGCCGCGUCGUCCCAGACACGAGAGCGCGAGCGAUUCGAGGCGGCGCGGCAGCUCAACGCGCACAUUGAAGCCAUCAGGGAGGCCUACAUGGAGGACCUCAACGCCGACGACGAGCGUCGGUGGCAGUGCGCCACGGCCCUGUGGCUGAUCGACCACGCCGGGCUGCGCGUGGGCAGUGAGAAGGCCGACGAGUCGGAAGCUUCCUCGGUCGGCUGCUGCUCGCUGCGCGUCGAGCACGUGCGGCCACGAGCACCGUCCUAUUUUGACUUUCUGGGCAAGGACUCGCUGAGGUACCGCAACGCGAUCGAGGUGCCGCCGCUGGUGUUUGCCCGGCUGCAGCGACUGGUGGUCGGCGAUAAACGGAGCACGGACGACGUGUUCGACCGGCUGAGCGCGACCGACGUCACGACCCGCCUCACGGAGCUGAUGCCGGGACUCACCGCCUCGCGCUUGCGGAUCUUCAACAACUCGUCGCUCCUGCAACACGAGCUGAGCAGGCCUCUGCCACCUGGCACGCUGUCAGUCGCAGAAAAGUUGUUGCACUACAACGAGGCCAACCGCCGAGUGGCGAUCCAGACCCAUCGGGCCGCACAGGGAGGGCUCAGCACAGGGGGCAUGAUGAUGCACUACAUGGACCCGCGCAUCACGGUGCCCAUCGAGAAGAUUUGGGGCAAGUGCACGCGAGAAAAGAUGGCCUGGGCGCUGGAUGAGGCCUCCUCCUUUGCGUUUUGA